AUGGAUAAAAAAAUUAGUAUCUUCACCCUUAAUGGCCAAAGUGUUUCCUAUGCUGUUUUACAGUACCCUGCUGGCUCUGUUAACCCUCCUCAUACUCAUCCUCGUGCCUCCGAGCUUUUGUUUCUAACCUAUGGCAUACUUGAAGUUGGGUUUGUGGACACUACUAACAAGCUGUUUACGUUAAGACUUGAAGCUGGUGACAUGUUUGUGUUUCCCAAGGGAUUAGUCCAUUAUCAGUUCAACUGUGCUGAUAACGAUUCUGCAAUGGCGAUUUCAGCCUUUGGUAGUGCAGCUGCAGGCACUGUCUCGGUUCCUUCUACGGUGUUUGGGACGAACAUAGAUGAUGACAUCUUAGCAAAGUCUUUCAAGACUGAUGUUUACACAAUUCAGAAGCUCAAAGAAGGAUUCCCACCCAAGGCCCGAGAUGGGGAUUCUAAUUUCUAA